CGAAAAGUCUGGUAACGACAAGUACUUUCACCGCCGCCGCCAAUCACACGCACCCACGUCAUUGUGAGUGUCCACGUAAGUGGCCAAGGUGUUGCGAUUCCCGCCAAACUAACUACCUACCCAGCCUGGGCAGUACUCUUUUAUCACGGCGGCAUCAUAUACCGACUGACGACAUUCAAUGGGGUCACUGGUAUCCCGGUUUUUAGCCCGACUAUUUGGCUCGAACAAGGACGUUCGCGUGCUCAUGGUGGGUCUGGAUGCAGGCGGCAAGACCACGAUCCUGUACAAACUCAAGCUGGGCGACGUGGUGACGACGAUCCCCACCCUCGGAUUCAACGUUGAGGCUGUCACGUACAGGAACUUGGAGUUUACAGUGUGGGACGUUGGAACGGGCGACAAAGGCCGGGGGCUGUGGUGUCACUACUUUGCAAACACCCACGCCCUGCUGUACGUUGUCGACUCGAACGACCGCGACCGCAUAUCCACGGCGCGCGACGAGCUGCACCGUGCGUUGGCCGACGAACUCAUGCAAAAUGUGCAUGUGCUUGUGUUUGCCAACAAGCAGGACCUGCCCAAUGCCAUGACCACCGACCAAGUUACCGCCGCGUUGGACAUGGAAGCACUGACGCGGAAUCAUCGAUGGUUCGUCCAGGGGUGUUGUGCACCUAAAGGCGACGGAUUGUACGAAGGGCUCGACUGGGUUAUCGAUACGGUGCUACAACCAUAACCAAACGGUGGGAUACUCGACUGUAGUAAUCAAGGAAUGUUCCUUCUGUCGACUACUAGUACGAAUUUACGAGAGAUAUUAGCAACAUACGAGCGUAAAUAUUAACUGUACAUCGUAAUAAUAUCGCAUCGAUUGUGCGGUGAAACAUUCCA